AAGAGAAGAAAGGCAGCACAAAAAAUUCCUAAAAUUCGAAAACCCCAGCCAGAUCUCUCUCCUCCCAUACCUCUCUUAAUUAAUAUCGCCUUUCGCCGGUGAUCGAUUCAAUCUCCGCCGCCGCCUUCAGCCGGAAUCUAUAACACAAUCAUUUCUCCGGCGGAAACCAGCGAUCGGCAAAGAGAUGAGUAACACCGAGCUCCUUCAAAUUGAGCCUCUCGAACUUCAAUUCCCAUUUGAAUUGAAGAAGCAGAUCUCAUGUUCGAUGCAGCUGACGAACAAGUCUGAGAAUCAUGUUGCAUUCAAGGUGAAAACGACGAAUCCGAAGAAGUACUGUGUGAGGCCAAACACUGGAGUUGUGAUGCCACACUCUAGUUGUGAUGUUACAGUUACCAUGCAAGCUCAAAAAGAGGCUCCACCGGAUAUGCAAUGCAGGGAUAAGUUUCUCCUCCAGAGUGUAGUGGUGAACCCUGGGUUAUCUUCAAAGGAUAUUACUCCAGAAAUGUUCAACAAAGACUCGGGGAACCAAGUAGAUGAAUGCAAAUUGAGAGUAGCCUAUGUUCCACCCCCUCGACCACCUUCACCUGUUCGAGAGGGGUCAGAGGAAGGCUCCCCACCUAGAGCAUCAGUGUCAGAGGACGGGACUGUAAAUCAAGCUUCUGAUUCGAACAUGAUGUCAAAAGGAUUCCCUGAAACAAAUGAAAUCACAUCAGAGGUGAAGGCUCUCAUCUCAAAGCUGACUGAAGAGAAACAAUCUAUCAUUCAGCAAAAUAGCAGGCUUCAGCAAGAACUGGAACUCCUAAGGCGUCAAGGUCACAGAAGCACCAGUGGUGUCCCCGUCAUGUAUGCCAUCAUCUUUGGCUUGAUUGGGAUCCUGUUGGGGUAUCUUUUCAAGAGAACGUAGUCACCCAAUGUGUUUGUGUUGCCACAUUCAGAUAUCCGAAUCAGUUGCACGCAUGUUCAUUUUAGGACAUUGAAGGAGAAUGAAUGUCACUUAAGAGCUUAAUAUUUUUUGGAUAGUGGUUUGCUUGACUGUAGAAACAUGGGUUUGGCUGGUUUCUAUAACUGUUCAAAGUGCA